AUGAAGUUCCUCUGUCUGCAUGGCCGGGGUACCAACUCGGACAUUUUUGAGGCUCAACUAGGACCACUGAUCUCUCAACUAUCUUCUCAGCAUACUUUUGAUUUCGUAGAUGCGCCGUCCGAAUCCGCAGCGGCUCCUGGCAUCGCGAAAUUUUACCCAGGGCCGUAUCUGGCGUGGUUUUCACGCUACGAGCCCGAACAUGUGGAAGAAACCCAUCAAUAUCUUCGAACCAUCAUUAAUGAAGAUGGACCUUACGACGGAAUAAUUGGGUUUUCACAAGGAGCCUCUCUGGCAGCUAGUAUGCUGCUAGCCGAGGAGUUUUAUAGGGCAAACGGACACGCAGAGGCUACCAGAAGCCUGCCAUUCAAAGUUGCCAUCUUCUUCAACAGUGUCAUGCUAUUUUCGCCAUCAGAAGAGAUUGGUGACGAUAUCACUCAACAAAUCAAACAGCAAGAAGAGAGAUAUAUCGGCUUCCUCAAUGGCUCCGACGAUUGGCAACAAUCAUCCAGUACCUCAACACUUCCACCUUCUCCAACCUCUACUACGGCCUCGGGUCCCAUCAUGUGGAAAAUGCCCAACUGGGAUCUCUCAUCAACUUCGCUUUCUUCACUCUCCUCGAACUCUUCAGACAAUAUGGAAAACAAUCGCGAAUUCCAAGCUGCGAGAAAACGAUCAGUGGCGUUUGAGUCAACCCGUCUUCUGAAGACUCCACUAGUAUACGGCUUCGUGCCUUCACAAUUCCCUCAUCGAAUAUCAAUUCCAACUUUGCAUGUCAUUGGCAAAAAUGACGAAUUCGCAGAGCACUCCAAGACACUCGUGAAGCUGUGCAAAUCCGACAAGGCUGAAGUGCUAAUCACCGAUGGCGCACACGAUUUACCCCGGUCUAAGUCUGCAUUAGACGAGUGCGCCAAAAUAUUUGACUUGGUGACGAUGAUGGCCUCGCUUAUCGAUCUUUGA